AUGGCACGCAAGAAGAUCAGAGAGUUUGAUUUCAGGAGAUUGUUGAAAGAGCAUUUCAAGAGACUUUCAGGAAAAGAUUUGCCAAUCAAAUCUGCACAAAUUACGAAAUCAACCGAUUUCAAUCAGCUAGUGGAGAAUGAGCCAUGGCUAUCGUCACAGAAACUGGUUGUUAAACUUGACACGUUGUUUGGAAAGCGUGGGAAGAAUGGUUUGGUUGGCUUAAAUCUGGAUUUUUCUCAAGUUAUUGCUUUUGUGAAGGAGCGUCUUGGCAAAGAGGUGGAAAUGGGUGGAUGCAAUGGACCUGUUACAACAUUCAUUAUUGAACCUUUCAUCCCUCAUAAUGAAGAGUUCUACCUUAACAUAGUCUCUAAGCGACUUGGUUGCAGCAUUAGCUUUUCAGAGUGUGGAGGGAUUGAAAUCGAAGAGAACUGGGAUAAGCUUUAUUGGGCAAUCUAG